AUGAGUUUAAUUUUGCUGGCAUAUUGCAGAGGUUUGCAAACCAGAUGCUGCUGCUGCAAGACAGUAAGAAGGAGGCGGGCAGGGAGCAGUUCAUCACGGCACCCGUGGGCUGCAGCCACAGCGAGGUCGAGGACAAGGGAGACCUCAUGCCCAGGACCCUGGAGGGGCAGAUCACCAUGGAGAAGACCCCCAGCUACUUUGUCACCAAGGAGGCCCCCGCCCGCAUCUCCUCCAUGUCCAAGGGCACGAAGCUGAUCGUGGUGGUGCGGGACCCCGUGACCAGAGCCAUCUCGGACUACACCCAGACGCUCUCCAAGAAGCCCGACAUCCCCACCUUUGAGAGCCUGACCUUCAAAAACAGGACUACGGGCCUGAUCGACACCUCGUGGAGCGCCAUCCAGAUCGGCAUCUACGCCAAGCACCUGGAGAACUGGCUCCUCUACUUCCCCAUCGGGCAGAUCCUCUUUGUCAGCGGGGAGAGGCUGAUCAACGGACCCUCGCGGCCCGACAUAGACCAGGAGGUGGUGCAGAGACUGCGGGACUUCUACCGGCCCUUCAACAUGAAGUUCUACCAGAUGACGGGGCAGGACUUCGGCUGGGACUGA